UUCGUGGAUGCGACCAAUGAGAAACGUCGUUAGAAUACUUCAGACUAAAAAGACUCAAAGGCUACUGAAGUCAUCAGGGUGUAAAAGGAUGCUGAGAGGUACAUCCAUUUUGACUAGGUUAGAUAAAUCCUGGAGACUUUUGAGGAUGUCAUCAGAUAGUAUGAAACCAGUCGAGGAAUCCAUCACAAAGAAGCUGACAGAGAGACUAGCCCCACAGCACCUGGAAGUGAUCAAUGAAAGCUACAUGCACAAUGUUCCUAAAGGAUCUGAGACUCAUUUCAAGGUGGUGGUUAUAUCUGACAAAUUUCAAAGUGUUGCCUUGAUAAAGAGACAUAGAAUGGUGAACGAAGUUUUACAAGAGGAACUGAAUUCCGGAGUUCAUGCACUGUCCAUUUUGGCUAAGACCCCUCAGCAGUGGGAAGACUCAGCACAGAAUGUAGGGAAGUCCCCUCCGUGUAGAGGGGGAGCAGGUCUCUGAGUGUUAGUCCUACGUCUUUCUGUUGUUCUAACUGUUCCAGUCCAGACAGACUAUGAGAAAUGGACCUGUUUCUCACAAACUGAUUAAACAUCAUGUCUAUCACUAGAUGGUUCCAGUCCUGACAGACUAUGAGAAAUGGACGUGUUUCUCACUAACUGACUAAACAUCAUGUCACUGGAUGGUUUCCAUUUACCGUAGGACAAUAUUGGUCCAAGGGAAGUGCUUCUGUUCCGAGGAAAGAACAUAUUUUUCCUUUGCAUACUGGACUGUAAAACUAAAUCUUUGUUACCCGGACCUGGAAAUCUCACUUAUAAGACCAGGAAUGACAUCUCAUAAUGGUUACGAUUAAUCUUCGUUUUAUGUAAUAGACUUUAGAUUGAACACUCCUAUUUUAUAGCAUCAAACAACAUCUAUGAAAUAAUGAAAUUAAGAUAAUAUAUCAAUUGUUUGAAAAUGUUUGUGAAAGGACAUUACAUGCUAACACACAGUUUUCCAUGGCAUUAUUGUGUGACUUCACAAAACUGAUGGCUCCAACAUUGAAUGUACCAUUGUAAGGAAGCUCUUGUGGUUUCCUCCAAGAAGUACAUACAGUCGUGUUGUAGCACUGGUAGUAGCCAGUAUACAGCACUAACACAAGAAGACCUGGAUAAGUUAAAAGUCUAUAUCAGGGAGAAAACAUAUAUGUGGUGUGUUGGACUUGUGAUUUUGAAAUAGUUGGGAUCUGUAAUAUUGUUUGACUGCAAAUUAAUUCACAUUGCCACAAAAUAGAAAAAAACAGCCAUCCAACAAUGAUGUUUACCUAGUUCACCACACUCAAAAAAUUCAUGAUUGCAGGAUUUUUUUAUGUGGAAAUCAGAAUUUCCUCUACUGGAAUACCAUGUGACAUAAAUGUUUGUUUGAAUGAAAGAAAGUGUGUGUAUGCAAAAAUGUUUUUUUAUGUUUGUUGAAACAAAAU